AUGAGAUGUGCAGUGCUGCACUCCACCACUGGAAUCAAGAACAGGCUUGGUGAAUCCCAAUCAGACAACAUGGUGAGCACCUCAUCACCCGAAGUGCAUCGCUGUGCCACGAUGAUUGAAUGUUUGCACAUGAUGCGUGGCAGGACAACUACACCCUCUGUUCGAGAUCUGGCAAACAAACGUGUCGACGCCCUCCUCCAGUACGCUGCGAUCCACUCAACUAUCCUUCAUGUUCGCGAUAAGGAAAUGUAG